UACACUGCACUUCCAUUUCAUCUCUAAAUCAAACUUGAGAAUAAUAAUUCUCUUAUCUUUCUUUUUCCUUGUUAAUGCCUGAUUACCAUGGCUUUAAGAAAUGCUUUUCUUUUUCUUUUCUCUUAUAUUCUUACAGCUUUCCUCUCUGUUUCGGGGCGACCAGCCACUUUUCUUGAAGAUUUUAGAGUCACUUGGUCCGAUUCUCAUAUUAGACAAAUCGAUGGAGGGAGGGCCAUCCAACUUGUUCUAGACCAAAAUUCAGGCUGUGGAUUUGCUUCCAAAAGGCAGUAUUUGUUCGGACGUGUCAGCAUGAAGAUCAAGCUCAUCACUGGUGACUCUGCCGGAACGGUCACGGCCUUUUAUAUGAAUUCUGAUACAGAUACUGUGAGAGAUGAGCUAGAUUUCGAGUUCUUGGGAAACCGAAGCGGGCAGCCUUAUACUGUCCAAACCAAUAUCUAUGCUCAUGGAAAGGGUGACAGGGAACAAAGGGUUAACCUGUGGUUUGAUCCCGCUGCAGAUUUCCAUACUUAUACAAUCAUGUGGAACCAUCGUCAGAUUGUGUUCUAUGUUGAUGAAGUGCCAAUCAGAGUUUACAAGAACAAUGAAGCUAGAAAUAUCCCAUAUCCAAAGCUCCAGCCUAUGGGAGUGUAUUCCACACUGUGGGAAGCUGAUGAUUGGGCAACAAGGGGAGGCCUGGAGAAAAUUGAUUGGAGCAAAGCUCCUUUCUUAGCUUACUACAAGGACUUUGACAUUGAAGGAUGUCCCGUGCCAGGGCCAGCAGACUGUGCCUCAAACCCUAGGAACUGGUGGGAGGGCACUGCUUAUCAAUCCCUCAAUGCCAUGGAAGCCAGAAGAUACAGGUGGGUUCGUAUGAAUCAUAUGAUCUACGAUUACUGUACCGACAAGUCCCGUUACCCGGUUACCCCGCCAGAGUGCAUGGCCGGCAUCUGAAAUCCUAUCCAAAGUUCCAUAUCCAACUCCACUGCCCAGAAUAUUAAUAUACCAUACGUUUCAUGUCAUACUUUACGUACAUGCCUCCCUUCGUAUAAGAGAGCCAUGCAAAAAUUGGGAUUAUAAAGUGAAAUAAGUUAUUCUUGUGUGCAUAUAAUUGUGAAGUGAAAGGUGGGAUUCCAGGAAUGGGCAAAGUCAAUUUCUAUUUGUAGACAUGUAUUAUUGUCUGUCUUUGGUGCAUAUUAUUUUGUGCCAAUAAAAGCUUUCAUCAAAAGGAUAAUUUAUUAAUUUUCUUUUAUGUUUUUAUUUUUUUUUCAUUAUUGUACCAUCCAAUUCUCAAUUUUCAAGUAUGUGUUCUUAAUAUUGAUGCAAAACAACAAAAUAUAUUUAUUGGAAGGAAAUGACAGGACGCUGGAAAUUCACUAGUGUUUGAAAUAUUUGCUUUGAAUUGAUAUGUCAACAAAAUAUAUUUAUUGGAAGGAAAUGACAGAACGUUUGAAAUUCACUAGUGUUUGAGAUAUUUGCUUUGAAUUGAUAUGUCAAUGUCCUCCCCCCCUUGAUGUAAUGUUUUUCACUUCAAUGUUUGGCC